GGAACAGACACUCACCACUUUCAUCUUCCUUCCUUGACGCCUACUACCUUUGGUGGGCAGUGCCACCGAUGCAGGCCGGUCAAAAGACGGCCAUCUACCAAGAGGGAUCUGAGAAGACUUGCAAAGCCCCAAAGAUAGCCCUUGACCGAGUCAAUUUGGAAAUCGUGAGAAGGAGGCCUACCAGGCACCGGCGUAUAAGAUGGACCGAUACCUACCUCUACGUACCUUGUUGACUUUUCGGUGGCUGACUCUCAUCUUCAGUGUUUUACCUACUCGUACUACUACAUUGCACAGAAGGAAACGCCAACACUCUUCUUACCCUUCCAACUCCGAGGACCUCACAGCUUCCUCUCACAAGCAUCGUUCAUUAAGGUACCUCACUUGCUUCUUGCGUCCUUCGCCUCUCUUUAGAUACCGCCCGCAGUCUUCUUCAAAAUGACGUCCGAAUCCAAGGAAACCUCAAAAAACGGGUCCGGCCAUCUCCACGCCAAGCUCGUCGACGAAGCGGAAAGCGUAAUGCGCCAGUUCAACCUUCCUGUUUCUUCCACAACCUUGAUCGAUCAGAUUGUGGAUCGGAGUCUAGACCCAGACUCCGGCUCAGAACAGUGGAAUGUAUAUCACCAAUUGGUCAACGUUCAACGGCUCCAACUGGAAUCACUCUUCAAUUGUGUCCUUGGCUUCAACGACACGGCUUUCGCUGGGUUGAGAGGAGGAUCAGGCCCCGCCCCUGCGCGAUCCGACAUCCUCAGAUCCAUACUCCUCUCCCUCUCCAGUCUCAUGUUUCUCAGAAUGAGCACGACAAUCACUAUGGCGACCCAUGGCCCCCAUCUCCAAGGUCCAUAUCCUCCUGGCGCGAUGGACGCACACUUGGAACUAGUGUUCAAUGGCGCUCGAAAUAAACCGGGCCGCCGGCCAAGAACGCCAAGCCGGUUACCACUUGACAGCGCAGGACUGGUCAAUGAUGAAGGUCUUGCUUCCCUUAAGGCAGACUGCGAGCUUAUUCUCAAGCUCAUUGCGCAGCUCACUGCUCCGCCCGGGAAGAAGGCAUCCUAA